AUGAGCAAUCGCAAGAGAUCGCGAUCUGUCGGGGGGGAGAGUCGCGAUGAGUGCCCUUUUACGAUUUCUUACGCGACUAGCCCUCCGGCUGCCCAGAAGGAAAUUCGCAAGACCAAGAAGCGGAAGCGCGAUGGUCAAGAUGACGAUAAACUGGUUCGGUUUCAAGGCUCUCCCUUCUCCCCAACGGGCAGCUUCAAAACGCAUAACACCAUGGAUCUAUACUACACCGUCGGCCCUGGAAAGAAAUGGCAAAAAAUGGCGUGCUAUAAAACCGUUGUCUACAAUGGUUUCAGAUAUUCUAGCGAAGACUUCGUGCAUGUCGCCAACGAGCGGACCAUUGAACAACACAAAGCUCAAGGUGAUGGCAAGGGUAUCUCCAAGAAGAGUAAUGAUGGCUGGGUCGCGCGCAUCCUCGAGAUCCGUGCUUCCGAUCAGCAUCACGUCUAUGCACGCGUCUACUGGAUGUACUGGCCUGAUGAACUCCCUGAGGGAACCCUUGACGGCAAGAAGACGGUUCAAGGUCGUCAGCCGUACCAUGGCGCUGACGAACUGAUUGCUUCCAACCACAUGGAUAUUAUUAAUGUUGUCAGUGUAACAGGACCCGUUACCGUCAACCAAUGGAUAGAGUCCGACGACGAGGAGAUCCAAGACGCGCUUUAUUGGCGUCAAGCGUACGACUGCCGUAACUCGCAACUUUCGUCUGUUGAACUCAGGUGCAAAUGCCAAACUCCUGCGAACCCCGAGAAGACCCUCAUAGAAUGCACGAGUUGGGAAUGCGGGAAGUGGAUGCAUCACGAAUGUAUGGCCCACGACAUUCUUAUGCAAGUCUACGAACGACUGGGAACAGAUAAGUCCCAUCGAAGCGAGGGAUUGGUUGUUGAGGAAGAGAAGCCUGAGGAAGCGAUCCGUCCGCUAUCGCCCACUGACGCCGAGGAGAAGGAGACCCAGCCAACGAUCGAUGUCCGUUCCGGCGAGACGAACGAUAAUGUACACGUCGAGAAGGCUGCUCGCGAGACCCCUCGUGAGACAGAAACUCCAAUACCUAGACCAACGCCAUCCAGAUCUAUUGCCACCGCAUCAGCUAAAGGAUCAGCCAAGAAGGGUCACAAGAAGAAGACCGGAGACUCCAAGCCAUAUCUGGGACUUUUCGAGGCCACUCUCAAGAUGCAAGACGGCCCUACAGCAUGGGAGAUUCGCGACCUGCGUGAAAACGUAACAGGUGGCGAUAAGACCUGGACUGAGAAGGCUCACUGUCUGCUAUGCGGUUCCACUAUUGACUGA